AUGAGUUCUGAGGCCAAAAGACUCGAAAAUACACUAGCUGGAAAUCGCACUGACUGUCGGGAGCAUAGGGAGUUGUUGGAAGCGCUAGCAUGGUUGACAGAGAGUCAGCAGAGCCACGCUCUCCGCGGGAUAAAUGAAAGACAUGUUCUCGCUGCUGCACGUGCAACUAAGACGCCUGACACACAACGUCUCGUGUACAUUUCGAGCAAAGGCUUGACCGGGGAUGGUCUUUCGGCUCUCGGAUACAGUGACACCAUUAUAUUCCGCCCUGGGUUUCUCAAGGGUCGCGACACCAAGCAAGCCUUUAUGGCAAAUGCACUCGAUGGCCUUAUGAGUAUUCUUCCGGGUUACAAGAACCAUAUGCAGGUCCAUGUCGCCGACCUGGGCAAAGCAGUCGUAACUGCUGGGCUGCUGGGAACCGCCGGCCUCCCAAAGGCGGCACAAGCGACUGAACAACCCGCAAAUGGACACAAGUUUACAUUGAUUGGCAACGUUGGUGCACUUGGUCUGGCAAGCCUAUCCUCCGCGUAG